AUGAAUAGCUCCGGCGCUCCUUUUUUCGCAGCUUCUUCUGUGCAGACUCUGCGGUGGUCGGGGCCCACACAGACUCGCGGUCGGGGAGUGAGCAGUAGAGACCGCUCCCCGCUGAGAACCACAGACAGAUGCGGCGCUGAACCCGGCCAUAUGCCCCGGCCACACAAGUCUCUGUCAAAGCGUCAACUCCGCCAACACUCCGGCGAGAUUAUCGACUCCCUGCCCCGGCUGUUGCGAGAAGACUUUCUGUUUCAAGCAUGA